GUUGCGUACUUAGGUACAUAGUACGUUUCUCCCCCCUUCGUUGUCGAGGACUUGCGCUCUAGUAGCUCAGCCUACCUGGAAAUCAAUAUCAGCCGACAUCCAGGUCCGCUUCUAACUGCAGCGACAACAUAAUGCGCAACAGUUGCGUCUCAAUAAGGAAAGAAGGAGAGAUGGUUGAGGUAGAAAUCCAUUGAGCCGUCGUACAUUUGACCGAUAACGACUAAAAAGUAAUAGUCCAGUGUUAUUCUUUCUCUUUCUUUCUCUCUCUCUCUCUCUCUCCCUCUUUCUCUUUCUAUCUUUCUUUCUCGCUAUCUCUCUCUCUCUCUCUCUCUCUCUCUCUCUCUCUCUCUCUCUCUCUCUCUCUCUCUCUCUCUCUCUCUCUCUCCCUCUCUUUCUCUGUUGUGUAUUUACGAACGAUCGACAAUGUGAUCAAAAAAUGAGAAAAAAAUUCGAAGAGAAAUGAUCGUUGACAAAUUCAUUAACCUCGAGUGAUCAAACGCAAACGGAUAUCAUUAUGAAAUGGUGCAAAUUAUUUCGCAUAUUGUACCGUUUUGAAUAAUGUAAAAUGGAAUUGUUUAUUAAUGGUGGAACGAUAUAUCCGUCGAAGAUAUAUAUCUAACGUUUCGUCAGGAUGACGGAGAAACGUUUAUCGUUGGGCAUCAACGUUAGUAUCCUUCUGAUCCUCACGAUAUUCGGUAUUUUAUUAUCUCUACCGUUAAAAUUACUCUUGAAUACGAAUUAUGAUGCUCAAAAUCAUCAAAAUGAGAGUGAAAACGAUACCGGUAUAUUGUCGGCUGAGGCGAAGAACAAGGAGAUAUUAGAAUCAUUGAUCGAUUAUCGAAAAUUAAAACGGUGCAGAAGACAUCGUUACGAGAAUCAGAUAAGAUCGAUCUUUUACAGCGAUUACGAUCAGAAUUGUACGUACGUAAAAGUUCUAACGAAAGAGGAAGAGGAAACGACGAACGAUUCUUUUGAGCCGAUCAACGAGGUGUUAUUAAAGGUGAAUAAGAAAGUGGAAGAGAAGGAGAAGGAAGAUAAGAUUGUGGAGAAAGAACAGGUGGAGAACAGUGAAGAAGAAGAGUUACAGGAAUCGAAGGAAAUCGUCGUUGCAGGGCAUAUACUCGUGACGAUGCUUCUCGUUUCAGCGAUCGCAGCUUUGGUCGAAGUACUUCGGAUUAGAUUCUCUAAAGACAAGAAUAAGGAUACUUCGUCGAGAGGUAACGUCGUAUCAAGAAAAAGCUCCACCAUUGAUCUUCCGAUUCAAAGGCGCUUCUUUCCAAGAGAACCAAUGAAGAGUCAAAGAUCGUUCGAAUUGUUAGGAAUGCAUCGAUCUUCUUUGCGUCUCUUGGGUGAGCGACCGGCCCCGCUUAUUCGACGUUCUUCCUUUCCAACGCAACAGGCUAACAAUAAACGAUCGGUUCCAUCGGCCACUGGCACGCCAAAUAUACGAAUGUCACGACGUCAAUCGGCCGAGUCCGAGGAAGAAAUCGGAGUACUUAUCACCGCUCUUCAUCAUCGUACACGUUUGAUCCGUCGCCAUUAAGGCCCAUCCAUGGAGGCGAACUUUUACGAGAAACGUAUCAUUGGGAAGAAUCUGACUGCCGUUCGCAUCUGAAACUAUGUAUAAUAUACGUAUAAAAGGAAUGACUUAUUUACGUCCGUACUUACUCCGAAUGAAAUUUUUAAUUAUUUUAAUCUA